CGAUAGUGCGCACGCUUUGAUUAUCGAUUGAAGCGACGUUACGUUACUUCGAGUUUGUACGCUAGAUCUCAUUUAUACGAAGGUAGUGGCCACGAAAAGAUGCGGUGAAAUUUGGCGUGUUAGGGAUAGGAUACUCUUCACGAAAUCGGCCAUUUUGAUAGCGUUUCGGGGGGAGAGAGAAAGAGAGAGAGAUACCUGCAGAAAAAAACGACUGGGAUCUCGUUUUGUGGCAGUUACCCUCGAGGAUUGCGCGCGUGAGGAGCGGCGGUGGUAGUGGUAUUGGUGUGUGUGCUGGUGCUGCUGCUACUGCUGCUAUUGCUGUUUCUAUCACUACUACUACUACUAUUCCUACUACUCUUCCUACAAUUAUUAUUACACUACUACUAAUACUGUUACCUAAGGUAGUGUCGAUCCGUGUCACAAUCGUCGGAGAAGAGCAAGCAGAAGAUCGGAAGGUAGGAACUCGUAUUCCUCGACUUGUGAAUUCUUAGGACGACUUCAGGGAAAAAGAAAAAAUGGCUGGGAAUACGGGUAUGGAACAACUAAUCCCGAUCGUGAACAAGCUGCAGGAUGCGUUCACGCAACUUGGGGUCCACAUGCAACUCGAUUUACCGCAAAUCGCGGUAGUGGGCGGUCAGAGUGCGGGAAAAAGUUCCGUACUCGAAAACUUUGUUGGAAAGGAUUUCUUACCCAGAGGUUCUGGUAUUGUAACUAGAAGACCGCUCAUCUUACAAUUGAUUCAUAGCACUACGGAAUAUGCUGAAUUUUUGCACUGCAAGGGGAAGAAGUUUGUGGACUUUGAUGAAGUACGAAAAGAAAUAGAAUCUGAAACAGAUAGAGUAACUGGCAGUAACAAGGGUAUAUCUAAUAUACCCAUAAAUUUAAGAGUAUAUUCGCCUAAUGUUCUCAAUCUGACGUUGAUCGAUCUACCUGGUCUCACAAAAGUACCAAUUGGAGAUCAGCCGGUUGAUAUAGAAGCUCAAAUCAAAGCUAUGAUUUUUCAAUUUAUUAGAAGAGAUAAUUGUCUUAUAUUGGCAGUAACACCAGCUAAUACUGACUUGGCAAACAGUGAUGCUCUUAAACUUGCUAAAGAAGUUGAUCCACAGGGUGUACGUACUAUUGGUGUUAUUACUAAACUGGAUCUUAUGGAUGACGGUACUGAUGCAAGAGAUAUUUUGGAGAAUAAAUUAUUACCUUUACGAAGAGGCUACAUUGGUGUUGUUAACAGAAGUCAGAAAGAUAUCGAGGGGCGUAAGGAUAUUAAAAAUGCUUUAGCAGCUGAAAGAAAAUUCUUUCUUAGUCAUCCUUCUUACCGACACUUAGCAGACAGAUUGGGUACACCCUAUCUGCAACGAGUUCUAAAUCAACAACUUACAAAUCACAUCAGGGAUACCCUUCCUGCUUUACGAGAUAGAUUACAAAAACAGCUUCUUACAUUGGAAAAAGAUGUCGAGCAGUAUAAACAUUUUAGACCGGAUGAUCCUGCUAUUAAAACAAAGGCUAUGUUACAGAUGAUACAACAACUUCAGUCAGAUUUUGAACGGACUAUAGAAGGUUCUGGUUCGGCACAAAUUAACACAAUGGAGCUUAGUGGUGGUGCAAAGAUAAAUAGAUUAUUCCACGAACGUUUUCCAUUCGAAAUUGUUAAAAUGGAAUUUGAUGAGAAAGAACUCAGAAGAGAAAUUGCCUUUGCUAUUAGAAAUAUUCAUGGUAUUAGGGUAGGAUUAUUCACGCCUGAUAUGGCCUUUGAGGCAAUAGUCAAAAAACAAAUUAAUAGGCUUAAAGAGCCUAGCUUGAAAUGUGUGGACCUAGUCGUACAAGAACUUAGCAAUGUUGUUCGUAUUUGUACAGAUAGGAUGUCACGUUAUCCUAGAUUAAGAGAAGAAACGGAACGUAUUAUAACCACUCACGUUCGACAACGUGAACAAAUGUGUAAAGAGCAAUUAAUACUUUUAGUGGAUUGUGAGCUUGCCUACAUGAAUACUAACCAUGAAGAUUUUAUUGGUUUUGCCAACGCGGCGGCCAGUAGCCAUAAUGCAAGUGCUCAGCAAUCAUCGGAAAAUGCAGUUAAGGCUGGGCGACAUACUUUAGGCAAUCAAGUAAUACGUAAAGGUUACAUGUGCAUUCAUAAUCUUGGCAUUAUGAAAGGAGGAUCCAAAGACUACUGGUUUGUUUUAACUGCUGAAAGCAUUUCUUGGUUCAAAGAUGAAGAGGAACGUGAAAAGAAGUACAUGCUACCUCUUGAUGGUUUGAAACUGCGCGAUUUAGAGCAAAGUUUCAUGUCUCGACGACAUCUAUUUGCAUUAUUCAAUCCCGAAGGAAGAAACGUUUAUAAAGAUUCGAAACAACUUGAAUUGAGUUGUGAAACGCAGGAUGAUGUUGAUUCUUGGAAGGCCUCGUUACUAAGAGCUGGAGUAUAUCCUGAGAAAUCCACGGAACAAGCGAAUGGCGAAGGAGAGGAAGGAUACGAGGGUGGUACUGAAAAUCAAUCUUCGAUGGAUCCUCAAUUAGAACGUCAAGUGGAAACAAUUAGGAAUCUGGUGGAUUCUUACAUGAAAAUUGUUACCAAAACUACUCGCGAUCUUGUUCCAAAAACAAUUAUGCAUCUCAUCAUUAACAAUGCUAAAGACUUUAUUAAUGGAGAAUUAUUAGCACAUCUUUAUGCGAGCGGCGAUCAGGCAUCUAUGAUGGAAGAGUCUCCCGAAGAGGCACAGAAACGAGAAGAAAUGUUACGCAUGUAUCACGCAUGUAAGGAAUCCCUUCGCAUUAUUGGAGAUGUUUCAAUGGCUACAGUAACAACCCCAGUACCACCCCCGGUGAAGAAUGAUUGGUUGGCUUCUGGAGAAAAUCCGAGUCUUGGGUUAUCGCCACCAUCUCCUGGUGGGCCAAGACGUGGAGUGACACAGCCACCACCUCUUUCUAGUUCACGAGUACCGCCGCCUGUUCCUGCCAAUGUCCGGCCAGCACCAGCUAUUCCCAAUAGACCUGGACCUGGUGGACCACCACAGGCUCGGGCUAGUCCAGGCUUACCACCGCCACUAAUACCAUCUCGAGGGGGUGGUCUUCAGCAGAGAGUGACACAGGCUGCGACUCAGGCCGCUGCUAAUGCCGCUGUGAACGAGCUGAUGGACGCGUUCAGGAUCAAGCGUCCCGUACCUAAUAUUCCUCCCCGAAUUCCUGAUAGACCGUAUUCUGGCCGACUAAACUGAGAUAAUGCAGCAUCAGCAAAGGACACCGUUGCACUUCCGUUCAAGGAGAGAAUAAGGACUAAUCCUCUCCCCUAUGGACACCGAAAUGAGAAGAAUGGAUAGAACUCUGUUGGAUAACGGAGAGGACAAAUACGAAGAAGAUACGAUUAAACCUAAUAGUUUUUAUCAUGGAUGCAAGAAGGAAAAUUGUUAUCCAAGUUACGCAUACCCUUUCCUCCGGAGAUCAUCGAAUCGGUAACACACAGAUUUCGUUAUUUUUUUGCGUGCUUCCAAAGGAUACGAAGAAAUGUCAGGAGUGAGUCGUUGGAGAACGAUCAGUAUUAUUAAUAACUUUGAAUAAUCAAUUGAAGAUAAAUCGAACGUAACUUCUAUCUUUCUUUCUUCUUCUUCUUCUUUUUUUGUUUUUUUUUUUCUUUUUAUACACCAAGAUAUUAAAUCCAAAUGAUAAUCUUACGUACACUUUCUUCCUUUUUUUUUCUCAUUUUUAAUCUUUACUUAUCGGUAUUUCAUAUCAAUAUUAUUAUACCUUAUCUGUAAGAUCGCAAUAAUAAGAUAAACAUUUCUUUAUCCUAUAAGAUGCAUGGGUUUACAAAAAUAUGGUCUUUUUAUUUGUAAAUAGGAAAAUGUUAGUAAUUUUCUAUGAGGAGAAAGAAGAAUACCUUGAUUAUACCUCGGUUAACUUGAUAUUAGAAACAAGUUUUAUUAGGAAGGUAUAAUACUUACUUCGGUGCUACGGAGGAUAAUUAACGGAGAAAAAAAAAAAAA